AUGGGGACUACAACUGAAGCCUCUGCUGGAGGUGAGUCGAAGUCCCCCAAGCAAUCCAACAGCUCUCCUGCUCAACCUGAAACCACGACCGACACGAAGGCAGCCGAUCCUACCGUGAAAUUAGAGGCUGCCAAUGCCGAACAAGCCAAACCUCUUGCCCCUCCUCCUCGACCCGGUCAACAACAAGGCAACACCCCCGACUACUUCGCGGUUCAGGCCGGCGGAUCUCUCAGUCUGGAGCCCAAUCCAUUCGAGCAGUCCUUCGGGGGCGCUCCAGAGACACCUGGGGGAACAAAAUUACCUUCAGUUGCUGCAUUGACAUCACCGUCCUCUCUUCUGCCUGGUAGUAACGCGACACCAUUCAAUUGGGGAGGAGGUUCUUUACGUACUGGCCCUUUGAGUCCGGCAAUGCUUUCUGGUCCGGCUAAUGAUUAUUUUGGCGAUACACAUCAUCUUCGCGGCGGAUUUCCUACUCCUAACGAAUCCUCCUUGAGGACGGGUUUGACACCAGGUGGCAGUGGUUCUAUGUUCCCUGCCCCCAGUCCUAACUCCCAAGCACUCUUCGCUCAGCUUGCUAGCGGUGGAGCAACACCCAGCACCCUCGAUUUCCAUCGCACUGCUAUGAGUGCUGCGGCUAAACGUGAUCAAAACGGCGCUGCUCCACGGUCUCAAGCACAGCAAGCUUCCCAAGCACAGCAAUCCCAACAACCUUCUGUCACUUCCCAACCCCAAGAAAUGCCCAACGGUGCUUCAAACAAUAAGUCCGAAGCGAAGCCAGCGUCCGGGCCCUUCGACCCUCACGAUAACGACGCUGCAAACGGCCUUUUUAUGUUGGCCCAGGGUCGAAACGGAGCUCAAAACGCGAACCAAUUCGCUGUGACGUCAGGUGCUCCUGGUCACGCUCAUCCUGCCCCUGUCGCGCCUCAGAACAUGAAUACUUCACCACAAAUGUCAAGUGUUAACGGCGGCUCUAUUGGCUCCGCUCGUGGUAUGAGUGAGGGAAGCAUGAUGUCGGAUGAGAGUGAACAGGCACGACCUAAUACCCGUGGCCGUGGCAAAAAGAACCCCCCUGCGGUGAAUGGCCGAAGGAAAGCGGACGAACCUCCCUCCAAGGCUCCUGCUAAUAAGAAGUCCAAGACUAACAAUUCCAUGUCUAUGGAUAUGGAUAUGUCUGAUGACGAAUCCAAAAUGAAGUAUGAAGAUGGUGGUUCCAAGUCCAAGAUGACCGACGAGGAGAAACGCAAGAACUUCCUUGAACGCAAUCGUGUCGCUGCUCUUAAAUGUCGCCAGAGAAAGAAGCAGUGGUUGGCCAAUCUGCAGACCAAGGUCGAAAUGUUCAGUACUGAGAAUGACGCCUUGACGGCGCAGAUAACCCAGCUCAGAGAGGAAGUCGUCAACUUGAAGACACUUCUUCUUGCCCACAAGGACUGCCCAGUCACUCAGCAGCAAGGAAUACACGGUGCUUUUAUGUCCCAGGUUGUUGAGCCUUACAACCCUCAGAUUAACCCUUAUGGCAUGGCAGCACCUAUGCCAAACCAGCAAGUUAUGGCUGGCCAGGGUGUCCAGCGGCGUUUCUCAUAG